AUGCCCUACCUUGAGAUCGAGAAGAAGCGGCUUUUCUACACCCAGGUGGAGGCUGAAUCCCCUCGGGCAGGAUCGCCAGUGUUGGUAUUCAUCCAUGGACUUGGUUCAUCUCACUCGUUUUAUACGCCCGUUAUGGGCCAUCUUGCAGCUGCAGGAUAUUCAUCUGUUGCAUUUGACGUCUAUGGUUCUGGCCUCUCUGAGUUGGUGCCAGGCACUGACGAUCCGACCUUUGACUCGAUAGCUCAAGAUGUUGAGGGCCUGGUUUCAAAACUGAACAUCCCUAUCGAGAAUGCCGUUGCCAUCGGCCACUCGAUGGGCGGUAUUGUUGUGGCAAAGCUGGCAUCAAGGAACAAUCUUCGUGGUGCAGUCCUGAUUGGACCGGUUUUGCCCAAGCCGGCUAUGGCAGGCAUCUUCAGCGCGAGAAUUGAGACAGUGAGAGAACAUGGGAUGGAAGCAAUGGCCAAGACGAUCCCUUUUGCUGCGACGGGUUCCAAGGCCAACUCGACGCAAAAGGCAUUUAUUCGAACGCUGCUCCUUUGUCAAAAGACAAACGGAUACAUCGCUCUGUGUAACGCCAUUGCUAAGGCGGAGCGGCCAUCAUAUGCAGAUGCGCACUCGCCUUUGCUCAUCAUUGCAGGAGAGGAGGAUAAAACAAGUCCAGUUGCUGAUUCCGAAACCAUGUUGGCCAGCUGGGGAUGCGAUAACGCGGCCAAAAACAUUCGAAUUCUUCCCGGCGCCUGCGAUAACUGCAAGCGCCGCAAGCAGAGAUGUGACGGUCGGAGGCCUUGUGCCCGCUGUAUCAAGCGUGGCCUGAAGCUCGAUUGCCAGGAGUCGACGAUCACCUCCGAUGGGAGACGCAUCGUCGCGUCUUCUCUGCCCAGCCCUGAUCCAGAUCGGAUAAGCAACACGACGGGACAUGCUACCCCAGAGACUUCGGGACCGAUAUCUGCCAGCGGAGCAUCGGCCCUGGCGUCAAUAGAUGAGACCUACGCUGGCGAUGGGCAGACGUUGCAGCUCCUCUCAAACACACAACCAGAGCGAUUGCCUCGGAUGUCACGGCUCAUUCAAGACACGAGAGGAGAGUACAUGUUCAUCGGAGACUCAGCGACGCUGUCAUUUCUUCAAAAUAUUCGACGCAUUGUACGACGCAGCAUAGGGGAUUGCUCCCUCGUUGAUGACCCUCUGCGACAUGGCAUUGUGGAGGCAUCACCUGAGACGCGGCGAGGAUGGAUCUUAUCGAGCGCCCAAAAUCCGCCCCCGAGGCAGACUGCGCUUGAGGUGGACUAUCUUCAGAGAUGGUACAUGCAAUCGGCCAAUUGUGUGCUACUCUUGUUCGACCAGAAGGAGCUGGAGAGUGGCAUCCACAAGUGGUUGGAAGAUGGGCAGGACAUGGCAGAUCCUGCAAGCUCCGUGUACUAUCUUGUUUUUGCCAUUGGAGCGCAAACAGGGCCUGAGGACAAAGAUGACCUCGCUGAGAUCUUCUUCAACUAUGGUCGCUACUUGACAGUCGAGACUUUGAUGGAAGAUCCCGGCAUCACAACGAUCCAAGCCUUCGCCCUGAUCGCCAUGUAUCUGCUUGGUGCUUCACGUCGCAACGCUGCCUUUAUGUAUCUCGGCAUGGGCGUGCGAGCUGCCUACGCAAUUGGCCUGCACCGACACGAUAUUUCGUCCCUCUUCUCACCAGCCGAGUGUCGCACUAGAGAACGUCUCUGGAAAGCGAUACGAAUCCUCGACCUGUUCAUGAGUGCAUCACUUGGUCGCCCACCGUCAACAUCGGAACUUCGAGACACUGCGAAUCCCCAGGACUACUCCGCCUGUAAUGACCUCUCGAUGAUCUUUGAGUCCAUCCUUACAGAUGUUUAUGCGAAACGCAUGAUUUCCCCCGAGGUCUUGGAGCGAAUCAGCAAGCAUCUACGCCGCUGGACGGUUCAGUGUGCCGAUGGUCUUGCGCGCGAUGGCAUUGAGGAGGAUGAGUUUAUCGAUGAUGAAGCCGGAGGCAAGCAGCCUAACAUUGGUCUCAUCCAUCUCAAGCAGACAGGAUAUUGGACUGUCAUGUUGCUAUCCCUCCCGUUUCUUCACAAAGCGGUAUCUCAGCAUGUCGAGGCCAACGAAACAUCACUCCGUGGAGAGGAGAGACAGCCAUCUUCUUCUUCUUCCAAUGAGGUUUUGGUGCAUUCUUGUCUUGAAUCAGCUGUUCGAACUGUUGAUAUUCUUCAAGUCUUUGUCAAGACUGACGCGAUUCCCAAACGCUUGCCCUUUGUUGGAAACUCGGCGUUUGUAUCCGGACUUGUGCUGGGCGCAGCUAUCUUUGGGGAUUUCGACAACUCAUUCCCUCUUCAGAAGAGUUUGACUGCGACGAGGAGUAUCCUUGAGCGCUUCAGUCGAUACGAUGCUGUAGCCAAGCGUCAUUUGAUGAUUCUGGACCAUCUCCAGAGCGCCUGCGACAUCUACAUGGAGAACCGAGCGAGGCUAAGGAUGGAACGCCAAGGACAUCUUGUUAAUGGUCUUUUCGGUAGCAUACAUGCUAUUGGAAGGUCUCCAUUUCAUAAUACGUCCCUGCUGGAUCCUGUCACGCGGCUCUCAUCGACUGGGCCAUCUCAGAAUAUUCAGGGACAAAUGCCGGCACCAGAAUCAGCCAUGAACCAUGAGAUGGGUACAGACACGAUCGGGCAAUCGCUCAACCAAGGCGAGGGACAAGAGCAGGCAGAAAUCACGGUUGCAAACGCUACUGAUCAGAUCCUGGGCAUCUCCCCCAACAUGCUCUGGUUCGACUCGUUUGAUACUACCAUGUCUCUCUUCCCUAUCGUUGACACUCACCUUAUGGGCAACGAUCUGACAUGA